GUGUUCACAAAUAUAAUCAUCCACAAAUCUCCCCCAGAUUAGGUUACAGGACAGCAUUUUGACGGCACGCAUUACAAAGCUCCCUGGAAGGCUUGGCUGGUGGAUCUGCUGCUCUCUCUGCUCAUGACCCAUUUUGGCUUUCAUCAAGAAUCAUGACACCAGCUGCCUGGGUCAUCUAGGAGGCAGAGAGGGGGAGAGCAACCCUGGGCUGUAAAGGGAAGUGGGGAAGGAGAAGAGAAGGAGGAGAAGGAGAAGGAGGAGGAGGAAGGGGGAGGAUAGAAAGGCAGAGCACAGGGAGAGAGAGUUAGUAAGUUGUUUUAGUCCAGUUGUGAAGAUUUGAAUCCCAGUUCCGAGCUCUCGGCAAAGGCUUGCUGGGAUACCUCAUUCCCUGUCCUGUGCAAAGGUCUGUGAUUGGGGAUGUGGUGUGCUCAGUGGGCAGGGCCCCUCCCCUGGGCUGGAUCCGCCUCUCCUAUCCCCCAGAUAAAUUACUAGUGUCCUCACUAAAUUCCUCGGCUUUCUCUCUCCCUCUCUCUCUCCCUCUCUCACACAAUCUCACUCCCUCCCUCAAACACAGGCAAAGCGGGGUUGGGGGGCGGGAGGGCGGGGAGCCUCUCUGGACUGGUAUUGUGCCUUAGUCCUGGGCGGGGAGGGAAGAGGAGGAAAAUACUGGCACCCCUUCUCUCCUCCGCUGCCUUGAAAUAGAUUUGAGGAGCUGCCCUUCUUUCCCCCCCUCCCCCCUUUCCUGCUGGUCAUUUGGCAUCUUCCAGACCAUGUCCACUGGGUCCCUCAGUGAUGUGGAAGAUCUGCAGGAGGUGGAGAUGCUGGAGUGCGAUGGCCUGAAAAUGGAUAACAACAAAGAGUUUGGGGCGUCCACCGAGAGCAACGAGGAGGGAUCCAAUGGCGAGAAUGGCUCCCCUCAGAAGGGGAGAGGGGCCUCGGGCAAGAGGAAAAAAGCUCCCCCCAAGAAGAGCCCUUUAAAUGGAGUGAGCCAGGAGGGAAAGCAGGUACAGAGAAAUGCUGCCAACGCCAGGGAGAGGGCGAGGAUGAGAGUUCUUAGCAAAGCCUUCUCCAGGCUUAAGACCACCCUACCCUGGGUGCCCCCAGACACCAAACUUUCCAAACUGGACACCUUGAGGUUGGCCUCCAGCUACAUUGCUCACCUGAGGCAGAUCCUGGCCAAUGACAAGUAUGAGAAUGGCUACAUCCACCCAGUCAACUUGACUUGGCCUUUUAUGGUAGCCGGCAAACCCGAGAGUGACCUGAAAGAAGUGGUGAACACAAACCGCUUGUGCGGCCCGACGGCAUCCUGAGCCCCGCGGCCGGGCCAGCAGCGUCCGUCCCGGCGCGGCCGUGGAGCGGGCGGCGGCGCGGCCAGGGACCCGCCGCGGCCCCGCCGCUGCCCCGGGCCCCGGGCAGAGCCACGGGGAGAGCCGCUUUCCCGGCGCUGAGGAGACCAAAUAUGCCCUAGCAAAGACUCCAUCCACCCCGAGAGAUCCCGACUCUAUUUAACUUUAUUAAAUGCGUGUACAGUCGAGUGUCCUGCAACCACAGCCUUGCUGGUUCAAGAGCUACUAGAGAAAAGACAGAGAUCAAACAAAACCUACCCCGCGUGUAUCUUUUGUCUGAGACCUGUGAAAUAUGUAGAUGCCUAGAAAAACUGACUUUGACAGUCAUCUCUAUGAAGUAAUUCACCCUAAAGAUAUAUAGAUAUAUUUUCUUCAAGCAGAUUCUGCUCUAUUUCUGUGAAUAAACCUUCCUUUGUACU